GACGCGCGGGGCGGCGCCUCUGUGCUCCGUGGCAGCGCCGGGCUCGGGCCGCUUCCCAGAAGCCGACAGGAAUUAUUGGACCCUCUGGAGACUGUCCUUGGAUUUGGUUACCAAUCUGAAUUCUCUGAAUCGUGGGAAAAAAGAAUAGUGGUCUGUGCUUUUCCACUCCUGAAACACCUCCACGAUGUUGGGCAAGCUGGCUCGCGUGCACACCGCUGCUGGUCUUUGUCGGGGACUCCGUUCUUCCGCAGCUUCUGCCACGUCUGUUGCAACUAAAAAGACAGUGCAAGGCCCUCCGUCCUCGGAUUACAUCUUUGAACGGGAGUCUAAGUAUGGGGCACACAAUUACCAUCCUUUACCUGUAGCUCUGGAGAGAGGAAAAGGUAUUUAUGUGUGGGAUGUUGAAGGCAGACAAUAUUUUGACUUCCUGAGUGCCUACGGUGCUGUCAGCCAAGGGCAUUGCCAUCCCAAGAUUGUGAAUGCUCUGAAGAGCCAAGUGGACAAGUUGACCUUGACGUCCCGGGCCUUCUACAAUAAUGUACUUGGUGAAUACGAGGAGUACAUCACUAAACUUUUCAACUUCCAGAAAGUUCUUCCUAUGAAUUCAGGAGUGGAGGCUGGAGAGACUGCUUGUAAACUUGCUCGUCGCUGGGGCUACACUGUGAAAGGCAUUCAGAAGUACAAAGCAAAGAUUAUUUUUGCAGCUGGAAACUUUUGGGGCAGAACAUUGUCUGCUAUCUCCAGUUCCACAGACCCAACCAGUUAUGACGGGUUUGGACCCUUUAUGCCAGGCUUUGAAAUCAUCCCGUAUAAUGACCUUCCUGCACUUGAGCGUGCCCUUCAGGAUCCAAAUGUUGCUGCCUUCAUGGUGGAGCCAAUCCAGGGUGAAGCCGGAGUUGUUGUUCCGGAUCCAGGCUACCUAGUGGGAGUGCGAGAACUUUGCACCAGGCACCAGGUCCUGUUUAUUGCUGAUGAAAUACAGACGGGAUUGGCCAGAACUGGUAGAUGGCUGGCUGUUGAUCAUGAAAAUGUCAGACCUGACAUAGUUCUUCUUGGAAAGGCUCUUUCUGGUGGACUAUACCCUGUAUCAGCAGUGCUGUGUGAUGAUGAGAUAAUGCUGACCAUCAAACCAGGUGAACAUGGGUCAACAUAUGGUGGGAAUCCACUAGGCUGCCGAGUGGCCAUCACAGCUCUUGAGGUUUUGGAAGAAGAAAAUCUUGCUGCCAAUGCAGACAAAAUGGGCUCCAUCUUGAGAAAUGAGCUCAUGAAGCUGCCCUCUGAUGUUGUGACUGCUGUGAGAGGAAAAGGAUUGCUCAAUGCCAUGGUUAUUAGAGAAACCAAAGAUUACAAUGCUUGGAAGGUGUGUCUGCGACUCCGAGAUAAUGGGCUUUUGGCCAAACCAACCCAUGGCGAUAUCAUCAGGCUUGCCCCUCCACUUGUGAUCAAGGAGGAUGAGAUCCGGGAGUCUGUGGAGAUCAUUACCAAGACCAUCUUGUCUUUCUAAGAGCAGGAACCACUCAGUGGCCCCACGGAGCUGGCCGGAGAGGGGGAGCUCUUGUGACGCUCUGCUCUCAAUGGGGCACAUUUCCACUUGCACGUGUCUUCAAGUACUUUCUUGGAAUAUGUAUGUCCAGUUGCUGCAUAUGGAGUGACAUUCAUGAGCCUGCAGUUGCUUUGUAGCUCGCCUAAGAGAAAUGAAUGGCAUUUAAGCUGGGAGAAGCGUUGCUGGGUGUGUAGUCUCAGAUGACGUGCAUCUGCCCAUGGAGCCAGCCUUCCAGGCCGGUCCUUCAGUGCCAUUUACAAGUGUUUGUAAUUACCUUGCUGGUAUAAAUGUUUUGUAUUUGCAAGUUAUUUCUGAGAUACUGCCUAAAAGAAUUGCUUAAAGUCUUUUGAGUUCAGUUCAGUCUUUGUAAUCAUUGAGUGUUAGGAUGAGAAAGAGUUGAGCAUAUAUAAAAUACAAGUUUUAAGUAAAUUUUAUGUUGGUCAAUGCCAGAGUGUAUUCUGUGAAUGUCAUUAUUUUAAAUAAUUCUUCCUAAAUUAAGUUUUUAGUGCUCAGUUCAAAUUUGUAAAAACUUGUUUAUUGGGCUGGAGCGAUGGCUUAGCAGUUAAAACGCUUGCUUGUAAAUGCAGGGGUCCAGAUUUGAUUCCCCUGGAUCCAUGUAAGCCACGUGCACAUGGUGGCACAUGUGUCUGGAGUUUGUUUGCAUCACCUAGAGGCCCUGGCACACUCAUUCUCUCUCUCUCUUUGCCUCUAUCUCUUUUAAAUAAAUAAGUAAAAAUUAAAAAAAAGUAUUUUUAGUAUUUCUUUAAACGUACAAUAAAGCUUAGUUUUUCCUUUUGCCCAGAAUAUCCUGUAAUCCCAUGUUAGUCAUGUGUCUCAUCCUUGUGUGACUAUGUUACAAUUCAUCUCCUAUCAGGUGCCAUUGGGUGUGUUUCAGGUUUAUCCUAAAUACAACUGUGACUAGCCCAUAACUGUA